GAGGUUUCAAGAACUGACCUAGAGCUACUUGACAUUCUGAGGAGACGGAGAUUUUUAUGAACCCAGAUGAAUGGUCGCAUAAUCUGGCACCUUCUUGAGUUCAGAGAAAGCACCUUCUCGCUUUUUGGACUGAUUUGUUUUGCUUUCCUUUAAAAAUUGUCCAAGGCAAAGAACUGGGCCGCAAGCGAAGAAGCGAAAUAGGAUAGAAGCACGGGAUUGACAAGGACGACUGACCGUCAUGCGAGAGGAACAGUCUUGUGGCGACUUUCCCGAGGGUGGGGUCCUACCCAGUGAAGAGGAGCAAGAACGUCGCCCUAACAAGUGCCCCGUUGUUGUUGCACCACCAACGGGUGCUCGAAAGCGGCUGACAGGUCCCAAGAAAGAGCCUGAUGGACCCCUAACACAGGACGACAAGACGUCACUGGAGGGCCCAUCUACGCUCACUCCCUCAUGCCCCAAGCGGCCCAAGAAAAGUUCUCCUCCUUCCUCAUCGACCUCUGCGGCCUCCCUAGUGCCCAUCGUGAGCUCGGUGUCACCUGUGCCCGGGCAACCGUUCGAGGACCUCCACACGCAACGGGUGAUCGCUAACGUCCGGGAACGGCAGCGCACGCAGUCCCUAAACGAUGCUUUCGCCUCGCUGCGGAAGAUCAUCCCCACGUUGCCUUCGGACAAACUGAGCAAGAUUCAGAUCCUCAAACUGGCUUCGAGAAAUUCAUACAGACAGAGGGUAUACAUCGACUUUCUCUACCAGGUUCUCCAGAGCGAUGAGAUGGAUGCCAAGCUGGCCAGCUGUAACUACCUGGCCCACGAAAGACUGAGUUACGCCUUCUCCGUAUGGAGGAUGGAGGGUGCUUGGUCCAUGUCCGCCACUCACUAGACGGUCACCCGUUUCUGAUCCUACCUGCCGACCCUACAGCCCUAUACGACCCUCCAGAUCCAACCAGCCUCUGAACUCUGAACCUGCAUUCUGCCCCAGAGAAAGUGACUCUGAUUUUUAAAUCUAUCGCUGUCUGUCUACUAGCUAUGGCUUCAAAUUCACCAGCAACAGCCAUUUGAUUCCUGCUGCCAUGACUUGACCCUGCCUAGAGCUGACCUCUGACCUUCCAACACUGACCUUUUUACUUUUUCUCAGAGCAACCCUCCACAGUAUCCCACUAUCCCAGAGGACAUCAUGCUUCAACUACAAGCCAACAAUCCUUCCCUUUUCUAAUGGAGCAAUACAACAAAAUGCAAAAAAAUGACCCUCCACCAUCUAAAGGAACUAAGAUUGUUCAGAUUAUUCCACACAACUCUGAAUCAAACUCUGGAAAUGACUCCGAUUGAGUGGCAGAGUGCUGAUUUGUGAUCAGCGUUCACUGACUUUGAUUAUGUAUGGACACGCAGAGGCAGACAUUGACUGUCAUAAGGACUCUACACUUAUAGCUAACCUAUACCAGCUAGCCUGAUGGAAAAAUGCUACGUAGACUCACUAUAUUCCCUGAUAUACAGAUCUGAUCAUUUCAGAGUUGUUGCGCUGGUCAUUUAUGCUGUAUAUUAGCCAACAUUAUUGCUUCUGUGACAGUGUAACAAUUGUGUCAUGGUAUAUACCACAUUCGUCUAAAUGUAAAGGUUGUUACGUUUAAAAAAAAAAAAAUAAAGCUGUAAGAUUAAUUCUGCAAUAUGACUUGGUGAUUAGCAAAUGCAUUAAAGGGAUAGUUCACCCAAA